GCCGCUCUCGCCGGAAGCCUUCACGUGCCUCUCCUGCGAAAUCGACCUCCACCGGAUACACGAAUACAGAACCGCAAACCCGGCUCGGAAACGAAGGUGCGGCACCGCAGAGGGAGAUGGCACCGGAGACAGGGGGAACUUCCGCGAUGAGGUGAAGAGAUCUGGCCGUCCUCGGGAGGGCCACCGGAAGAAGAAGGCAGGAAGAUCGCAUGAUCGAAGGGUCCACGUUCUUGUGUAGAUACCGUCUCUGACAGGCCGUUGGCGCCGAUGACGCGUCGUGCUCUCUGUCGAGACGAGACGGGGCGACCGAGUUGGCAGCCGGUGGCUUCGAGCGGAGAGCGUGCUGCGGGAUCUGGUCGACCGGGAGGGAGGAUGCUUUGAAAGAAAGGAAUGGCGCUCGCGAGGCGAUCGUCGGAGACGACACUUGAGAGCGGACGAGGAUUGUGUGCAGGAGUGUAGCAAGAUCCGGAGCAGAGGCUCGAAGGGAAGGAGAGAGACUAGAGGAGACGAGAGGAGGGGUAGGCGAGUUGAGAGUCAGUCACCGAGCAAGAUGUCGAGCGGGGAGCGGGUAUGGGAGGUGCUGGUGCUGUUCACGCUUUCAUGCGCGGCUUUCUUGAUCAUGUUCAUUGGGGUGUCCAAUUGGUCUGAGUUGAAUCGGCCAGGUCAGGUUUCCUCGCCGUCAGGCUCUUUGCUCGAGUUAGAUUGGAGAGCCUGGGAGAAAUUGUUGCUUCCGGAGGUGAACGAGUUACAUGACGGAGGAGUGGUGUCGAAACCGCAAAGCAUUGGUGGAUUUGCCAAUCAAGCAGGGAAUCAUGUCGAUAACCCCCUUCCGUUUCGUUCCGGGUUCGUGUCGGAAUACAGGCCCUUACCGGUGGAAGAUGAUGGCGUGUUGGCCAACGUCAAGUCUUUCUUCGCCGGGAUUGGUGACUCAAUUAGAAGUUGGCGACAGAAGACGAUUUCGCCCCCUGCAAUCCUCCAUGCAACUGAGCCUCUUGGUCGAUUCCCUCAUAGUGACAUGCCCUCCUCAUCAAUACUAAUGACGAAGCUAACAGCAAUUGUUGGCAAGGCUAUGGAAGAGUAUUAUGCAAACAGUGUUGCAGUAAUCAAGUCUAAGACUUGUUCCGGUAUUCUGGAGGACGAAACUAGAACGCUCGUGAGGCUGUUGAAGAGUAACUUGAUGGAGAAGCUGUGCACUGACGAUAACCUGUCAGGCAAAGAGGAGACAUUUUGCAAUUUCUAUGGGCGCCAUCCAAAACUGGCUACAUUGAUGGUGUUCUCCAAGUUGGAAAUAGAUCCAGUUAGAGUAGCCUUGAUGCGAACAACUACGUCAGAGGCAUGCGCUUCUUCAAAUGAUAACUUGGUACACAAUGUUCAUAAGAUGGAGAGGCUUGCCUUUAGCCUUGGUCUAAGCUUGCCUCAGAUGGGUACACUAGAAGCGUCCUCUGGUCACGAGCACCACGAACAUCACCAUGAACAUGAGCACGAGCAUGAGCACGAACGUAAAUUCAUGGAGCAUGGCAUUCACAAAAUGAUUGACUUUGGUGAAACACUUGAUGAGAAGCCAUCUUGCAAAGAUUGUCAUCUGCAUGGGAUUCGCAGUCUUAUGAAGAGUAUAAAGGCACAACUGCACUCGACUUGUGCAGAACCAUCCGCUUCCAUGGCGGAAACUUGUGCGUUUGUGAAGGAGCACAGAUACCUGGCUAAAAUUUAUGCGGUCUUGAAGAAUCGACUUUGGAAAAUUAUCUUCCUCUCUUGCAGAACUUCAUGCCAGUCUCUAUCAAACAAUGUUCCUCAUCUUUUCGAUGAUUCUGAAACAACUGUAUCACAAUCACAUGCCCCAAAUCUUCCUGGGUUCGGGGGUCCUAGAUUUGUCCGCCGAUCGGGUGUAACUGAGUGGCUGAUGACGAAUCCAGGUGAGCAAGUGUCGCACUCCAAUGAAUUUGACAGGUUUAUGUCGACGCACCGUUCCGGGUGCCACAAACAUAGUAACCUUGCCAGGCGAAUGGCUUUCAAUAGAGCCCAGCUUCGAGCAAAUGCCCUUGCUGCAUCACACUUUGCAAGAGACAAUGGCCUCGGAGGAAAUGGGCAAGCAAACCUUGUGGUUGUUGCCGAUGGACUUCCCAAGCAUAGUAUGCUCGCUAGGCGAUUGGGUUUAACUAGAGCCCAGGUUCCAGCAGAUUUCCUUGCUGCAUCACACCGUGCAAGAGACAAUGGCCUCGAAGGAAACGGGCAAACAAACCUUGUGCUUGUUGCUGAUGGACACCCCUUCGGUCCCCGCGAAAUGAUUAAAUUUUUUGGAGAUGUAGAACAGACCAUACAGAAGCUAGGGGAAGACGAAGAUUCACGACGUAACUUAAUUUUCGAUGUGUUACUAUCCAAGCCAUGUAACGAACAUACGUGUUGGCAGCUUUUGCCAUCGAUUUUUGAACGGUCAGACUUUCACGGUGAAUCAAUGUCUGAUGGAGAUGUUGCACCUGAGAUAGCUGUAGAGCAGAUCCCGUCCGACGAGCAGCUUGUAACAGUUCCUGUUGAGGAUUCAGUCGUUGAAAGUGCCUCUGACUUUGCCUCAGACGGUACUUUGGGGGAGUCUACAAGCCCAUCAGUUUCUGUUGACACAUCAGUUUGGAAAAGUGCGGCUGAAGAUGCCUCAGUCAGUGUUUCAGGAGAGUCUACAAGCUCAUUUGAGGACUCUUCUGAGAACGGCUCUCAUGCAGCGAUGUAGAACUGAGAAGGGAGUUAUCCUUAUCCCGUCUGAAAGUUAAGGCUGUACUGCCCUUAUAGAAGGCGUGGUAGAGUGCCGAAUACGAGGAUGGAUUGAGAUGGGAUUUGGAUGUGUCCUAUGUAUGGGUGUUGAGUAGUUCUGUUGAUGGAGUUGAGAAUAGUAGCAGUCGGUACUGUGGAAUGAAGUGGAGGUAGAGGUGACGGGUUGUCUACAUUUGAUGACCAUCGAUCGAGUCCCACUGACUUGGCGCCAAAGGUAGACUAUCCAUCGUAUCUUCAAUAAACUCCUCAAUAGUAGGAUCUACCUGCAUCCACUAAACUAAAUCAUGUUUGAGGUUCACGAAUCUUGAUGAGGUGAAAUGUGUGUAAGGUACCGUGAAGGUACUUUACUGUAAUAUAUUUAUAUGUUUACAUAUAUGGUCACUAUGUAUCCGUAAAACAUCUUUCCACAUCAUAUGUAAACUGUUUUGACCAUU